AUGUCGUCAAGUCCAUUUUAUUCAUUCAGCCCUUUAGAUAAGGACGGAAAUCCUUAUAAUUUCAAACAACUAGAAAACAAAGUUGCUUUGGUUGUCAAUGUUGCUUCAAAAUGUGGUUUCACCCCCCAAUAUACUGAACUGCAGUCUUUAUAUGACAAAUUCAAGGACAAAGGUUUUGUCGUCAUCGGAUUUCCCUGCAAUCAGUUUAUGAAUCAGGAGCCAGGUACCGAUGAAGAAAUCGCAAAAUAUGUUAAGGACACAUAUAAUGUCACUUUCCCAAUCUUGAAAAAAAUAGAGGUUAACGGAAACAAUACAAACGAUGUUUAUAAAUACUUAAAAGAUCAGAAAAGUGGUGUGCUUGGCCUAAAAGCAAUUAAAUGGAACUUUGAAAAGUUUUUAAUCGACAAAGAUGGGAAUGUGGUGGAAAGAUACUCCUCAAACACCAAGCCAAAUGAAAUUGAGGCAGAUAUUGAAAAAUGUUUGAGGAAUGAAUAA